AUGUUAUCUCAGGAGAUUAAUAGAAACCCAGUUUCUCUUCGUAUCUGCCAGAAAGAGGUUCAGGCUGUCCCUCCCGAGGAGUGCGCUUCUAAUACAAUGUUGCAUACAACCCUUGCGUUUAGCCUUCCGGCUCUCAGUGAAGCCAUUUGCAAAAGAUCCAUUCGAUUUCAAAGUCGUCUGCAACCUGCAGCCACUUUCCUACAAAGCACGCUGGAGUUGAGACUAGUCGGGAAAACCAUCCUUGCCUUUCCGCCAACAUGCGUCAAGCGAUCCUGUCUGUCACGUGAUGAUGAUACCUUCAGACCAUUCCAGCUCUUCUCAGCCCGUCUUCCCAUCGGCCAAGGGCGUGUGCCCAGUCCCACUCUGCCCGAAGGAUCAAGGGUGGGAGUGUAG